UCCUGCUCCCGGUCCUCUGACAGCUGCUCUCUGUGUGCAACGGAAGACAUUUUGAGCCGCUGCGGUCGGUCCUUUAUUCGAGUGUCAGCCUGAACGUCGGGGCUGACGUGCUGCUGGAGAGUCUGGUCUCCGAGACCUGAGCUGGAAAAGCCCGUUUGAGCAACAACAACAACAACAAGAGCAGCAGCAAACCCAGUUGUAGUUCUGAGUUCGUCGCGUCGCAAUAGCUAAGACUACAACGGCUAGCGACGUCCUAGAUGCUAGUUAGCGCCACCUAGCUGGCCUCCUCCUCCACUUCGACAGCCGGUCCCUUUACGCAGACACAAUGGCUUUAAAACGAAUCACGAAGGAGCUCACCGAUCUGUCCAGAGAUCCUCCGGCUCAGUGCUCCGCUGGACCCGUCGGGGAAGACAUGUUUCAUUGGCAAGCUACUAUUAUGGGGCCUCCGGACAGCCCCUAUCAGGGCGGAGUAUUUUUCCUGACUAUUCAUUUCCCCACAGAUUAUCCCUUCAAACCACCGAAGGUCGCCUUCACAACAAGAAUUUAUCACCCAAAUAUUAACAGUAACGGCAGCAUCUGCUUGGAUAUAUUGAGGUCACAGUGGUCUCCUGCAUUAACUAUCUCUAAAGUCCUUUUGUCCAUUUGUUCUCUGUUAUGUGACCCGAACCCUGACGACCCGCUAGUGCCAGAGAUCGCCCGCAUCUACAAAACAGACCCUGUUAAGUACAACAAGACGGCUCAGGACUGGACUCAGAAAUACGCCAUGUGACCUCCUUCUUCUUCUCUCACUGCUGGAAUAAACUGUUUGAUUUCUCAUGUGGCCACGCCCCCUCCCUCCAUCAGCCAAUAACAGCAAUUUGUUCACGAUCUCUUCUUUUUCUUUCUUUCGGGUCCUAAAACGCUUUUAAAUUCUCCACGAUUGUUAUUUUUUUCUUUCUCGGCUUUUUUGAUUUUCAAAAUAAAAUGUAAAAAGAAUCCCCGUGUGACGGGCCGAGGACUCUGAGCUGUGAACGUGCCAACUGCAAAACAACAACAACAAUAAUAAAAGAGCCUGAAGAAAGAACCGUUUAUGAAUCCAGUAAUAAUAAUUUAAUGCAUGUCAGUGGUUCAUGUGAGAUGUAUAAACGACGAAGCGACCGCCUUUUGGUUUUAUUCUGCUUUGUUUUUAUCGUUCUUCAUCCUCCUUUUGCACUGAAGAUGAAACUUAUUGUUUCUCAAUAAAGUUGAACAAAUUGCA